AUGUCCCAUCCCCCCUCACCCUCCUACAUUCCCCCACGCCCCACGCCCCACCACCGUUUCCUCCUCCGCCUCCCUCCAUGGAAAGGCGCCAAACUCAUCCCACUCGCAAUCUCCAUCUCCGUUGGCCUAAUCUUCCGCUUCGCAGUCCCAAAACCGCACCAAGUCUCGAACAAAGCAUGGCAACUACUCUCCAUCUUCCUCACCACACUCACCGGCCUCAUAUUGGCCCCAUUACCGAUCGGCGCAUGGGCUUUCGUUUGCCUAACCCUCACAGUCAUCACCAAAACCCUAACAUUCGCCGCCGCGUUCUCGGCAUUCACGAAUGAAGUCAUAUGGCUGAUCGUCGUUUCGUUCUUUUUCUCGAGGGGGUUUGUGAAGACGGGGCUUGGGGAUCGAAUUGCACUGUACUUUGUGAGGUGGCUUGGGAAGAGUACAAUUGGGUUGGCCUACGGGUUGGUGUUGAGUGAGGUGCUGAUUUCUCCGGCGAUGCCGAGCACGACGGCGAGGGCCGGUGGGAUUUUUUUGCCGAUCAUUAAGUCAUUGUCGACGUCUGCUGAUAGUCGGCCCAAGGAUGAAUCGGCCAGGAAGCUUGGGGCUUAUCUGAUCCAAUCUCAGUGUCAGGCUGCUAGUAACUCGGGCAAUCUUUUCUUGACUGCAGCCGCUCAAAACCUGCUAUGUGUCAAAUUAGCUGAGGCACUUGGGGUUAAAGUUUCAAAUCGAUGGGUUACUUGGCUCAAGGCUGCCAGCUUACCUGCAAUUAUAUGUCUUCUGGCAACUCCAUUGAUCCUAUACAAGAUAUUCCCUCCUACAACCAAGAACACACCUGAUGCUCCUGCCAUGGCCAAGAGGAAACUGGAGCAGAUGGGUACUGUUAAAAGGGAUGAAUGGGUGAUGGUUGGUACCAUGCUUGUGACGGUGGCAUUGUGGAUCUCUGGAGAGGCUCUUGGAAUGGCAAGUGUUGUUGCAGCAAUGCUGGGAUUGUCAAUACUUCUGCUGUUGGGAGUGCUUGAUUGGGAUGAUUGCUUAAGUGAAAAGUCAGCAUGGGAUACCCUGGCUUGGUUUGGGGUUCUAGUGGGCAUGGCAGGCCAACUGAACGCCCUUGGGAUUGUACCCUGGAUGUCUAACAGUGUGGCCAAUUCUCUUAAAUCCCUUUCACUGGGCUGGCAUACUGCAUUUGUUAUCCUUCAGGCAGCAUAUUUCUUUAUCCACUAUCUAUUUGCAAGUCAAACUGCCCAUGUUGGAGCUCUGUACUCAGCAUUUCUUGCGAUGCACCUGGCAUCUAAAGUGCCUGGUUUGUUGGCAGCGCUGGCUUUGGGAUACAGUACCAACUUGUUUGGUGCAUUAACACAUUAUAGCAGUGGUCAGGCUGCUGUAUACUAUGGAGCUGGUUAUGUAGAACUUCCUGAUGUUUUCAAACUGGGAAUUGUAAUGGCUCUUAUUAACAUUGUGAUAUGGGCAUUGGUUGGAGCUCUUUGGUGGAAGAUUUUGGGCCUUUAUUGAGGUCAAAUAUGUAAGUUAAUGUUAUUCUUUCUUAUGUUUUAUGAAUAUUCUCCUGUUACAAGAAAGAAUAAAAGGUUUCAACUAAAAUUGCUUAAUUUACGAGUGAUAAUCUUUUUAGAAUAUUGUACUAAUCUGAUAAUGCAGAUUAGAUUCUGAUGACUAAAUUUGCAUUGAGUACCCAAUUUUUUC